AUGCAAGAAGCCUUGGAUAGAGUAAAACGUGAAAUGCCUCCUUCAAUUGCUGAAUCUGAAAUUCUUGGUUUUUUUUUAAUUUUUUUAAAUCUUUGCUUAUUUUUAGAAUAUUUGGCUUUUGCUCUUUUCAAACAAGGAAAUAUAAAGCAAGCAUUGAUUACAACUGAUAGACUUUAUCAAAUUGCUCCUUCUCACCCACGAGCCAAAGGAAAUAUAAAAUGGUUUGUGAUUAAUUUAUAUUUUGGGAAAAUAAAAGUGUUUCUAUCAGGGACGUCACUGGAUAUACAAAAUCCUAACUUUUUUUCUCAGCCUGUGACAUCCUUGAUCUCUUUGGUGUUACAUAACUUGAAAAAUAUUUUUGGAAAAUUUUCUUAAAAUUUUUAUUUUUCUGUUUUUAUGCCUCUAAGUUUACUUUAAAAGAGUUUAAAAUUUUAAAUUUAAAAAAA